AUGGCCAUUGAUUUUGCAGCAGAACCAGAUGUCCUCUUGCAUACAUCUGACACCAGAUCCGUGAAGCCUGUUACUGCAACUACUAUUACUACUGCUACUACUGAUGGUGAUUACGAUGAUGAUGGUGUUAUCUGGAAAAGCCAAGAGAGACAACCACACUCGUUCCAAAUUGGAAAUUUUAAAAUAGAGCCCAGAAGCUACUGA